CUUGCAGUUGGGACCAAGAUCCCAAGUCAGAUCUACCCCCGUAAAGCAUGCGCCGAAGGCACAGGGCUCAAGCGUAGAUGACACAAUUAUCGAUCGGACACCGCGUCGACCUUCUGUCUCAACCAUGAGCCCGCCUGAAUCUCCCCGGUAUGGACCUCGACCGACACUCUUGGACGUAGAACGUCACCCCUAUCAAACUCCCGUGGGACAAGUUCCACUAGACAUUUCCGACGAAUGCGCUGAAGACUUCCGCUUGGCUCUGAAGGCGAUACUUUCAAAGAUAUCAGACACCUUGAACAGCUUAGUCCUGGACAAAGAACUUGACGAUAGAGUGAUUUGUGCUGUGGCUGAUGCUCGUCGGAGUCUGAAGAAGGUCCAUCACACAUACACUGCUACCACAGAUUUGAAUUGCUCGCAAGGGUUGUCGAAACUUUUCAAGUUUCAGGAUCGCAUUGCCAUGGUGAGGCACCAGUACAACGUGAACAGUAUUCGGCAAAGACUACACCCAUCUGAAAAGGGGAUCCUUGUGGAGCUUCUUCGUCAUCAGCAGGAAGAGCUCUCUCUAGCUUACAGCUUCCAACACGAAGACGCGAGGCUACGUACUUUGACGGACCGACCAGUGGGGACCGAUAUCCAGCGAGAGAGGGCCACUUUGAAGACAAUCUCCAACCAUAUCGAAGAGUUUUCACGAAAUUAUACCUACCAGCUAGCGAUCAAUCUUCCUUCCUUUGAUGAGCUAGAGCGUCAGCCCUCAUCAGGAAUGGCUACUCUGAUACUCCGCAAUUUAGGGGUCCAGAGCCAGUUGACUGCCAUCUCCCGGAGGAGAAGGUACGCUUUCUCACAGUCUGGUACAGCAGCCAUGAUGUCCGCUCUUAUUGUGGCAGCACUCUGUCACUGGGUUUAUGAAACAGCAUUUCCUUCGGGACCAGAGGACAGUUAUUUGAGGUAUCAGUUGAUGCGUAAAUUGAUACCUCAUCUCAUGGGUAGCUUAGGUAAACUUUCCCCGCGUCCUCCCAUUUUCCUUCCAUCUUUUCGCCCUGCCUAUUAACGUAACACAGAAAAGCAGGCAACACUAAAUGACGUCGAUCAAUUGGUUCAGGAGGAUUACUUAAAGAACGAGGUCUUCUUGAAGCAAAUUCUAAGGCCAAAGGCCACC